CAUACUUAGCGAGUGUCAGGUUUUUCAGGGAAAGCGCCGAACUCCUGCAGUGACAUUACAGCGCGAGGGCUGGACAGGGAGCAUUAGCUAGCUGGCUAAUUCUUCUCUAAGCUGAUUUUUUUUAAAUGUUUUGUUUGGAGAUAACGUGUCAGGUGUUGUGUAGAAAACAUGUCGAAAAUCUGCACAAGCCUAAGCUACUUUACUGCAUGGUUGAAAACAACGAGAGGAUUUAAACGUCCAUCUGUCAGUCGAUAAACUAGCUGGCUAAAACUAGCUAGCCGAGUCUCACAAACAUUGGCCUUCCCUGAAAGACCUGAAGGUGUAACUUAGCUCAGCAGAAAGACCUCCUGGACACUGUAACCGUUGAACCUGCGACCUGCUUGCAGGACAAGAGAGGGGGGAAAAAGAUGCCAUUCCGGAAAUGCUCAUAAACUCCAUUCAUUUUUGUUUCCUGUAAAACAAAGAGGGGCCUGAUGGGUUGCAAAACGGAGCCAAAAUGCUUUUGGACUCACGUGGGCGCCGUGACGGAUGCACUCGCCCCGGUGGAAACACACACAGGCGAGGGAGCCGUGUGUGUCCAUACAACCCUCUGAAGGACUCUGGACCUUGCCAUCUUCAUAUGGAUACUAAAGUGCUCGAGCGUUCACAAUAUUUCUCCAGAAAAGACCAGUUUUUUCCUCCUGGGACGAGUUAAGUUCAGAAGUAUGAGCUGUCAUUUAGGCCAGAAGACCGCAAGAGCGCCAUUUUUGUUCUUCAUCUUCAUAAUUACGAUCUUUUAUUAGACGGACCAUCCCAGCGGGCACCAGGGCUCCUGCAGAGACUGUGGCAGAAUUUUUCAUUCCAUUGUUUCCUUUUUCUGUUUGACUCAUUAUUUCCACGCACCCUUCCAUUGUUCCUUUUCGGGUUUUUCUUUUGGGCUGCCUCAUGUUUGACUCAUGCAUUCGCAUUCACUCAUCACUUGUGUACUUUGAAACGUACGCCUUGUUCUUGAGAAAGAGUACUGUAGGUCAAUUAACUGGGCUUCCUGCAUGAGUGACUGCUUUGUUUGCUGCUGUUUCUCCUCAGCGUCUCUGAUUGCUGAAACACAGGGCUUAGAAGCGAUUUGCACUAAAAGAGCUUUCACUUGUUUUGUUUGGGUUUUUUUCUCUUCCUGCCAAAUCGUGUCACAUUCAAGCCAUAUGAAUGUCUAUUUUUUUGAUGAAACUAUAGAUCUAUUUUAUCACGGUUUAGUUAGAUCAUGAAUUGUAUAAAUAUUUUUAUGUAUAAGUACACAUAAGCACCUGCACUGUGUUCAUCAGAGUGUUCAUGAAAUUGUUUUGGAUAUGUGCACCUUGAAUUUUGAGGCUAUUUUUACAUUUUACAUUUCGAUGUAUAAUUUAUAAUGUGCAUUUUAUUAUUAUAAUUAUUAUUGUUGGGUUUUUUUUAUUAUUUUCCACCAGAAGUUACUAUAAAAGUUACUUUUACAAUGACAGUACUUUCCUCCUGUAGCUCAGCACGCAGCAGACAACAUACGCUUGUUUUCUGAGCCCUCCCAUCCGCUUUUAGCUUUCUGUUUUCUCCCCAAUGCCUGCGGGUCUCAGUGUGGGUGGGGCUCUCGGAGACCCCUCCCCUUCGCGGCGCUUUCGUCCCAGUCGCUAUGUGCCUGUAUCUGCGGCGACAACCUUCCUCGUUGGGGCUACGACGCUUUUCCUGUGCUUCACUUGUCCUUGGCUGGCUGAGCGUUUCUCUUCUUCCAUUCCGGUCUACAACGUCGUGGUCUUCCUCUUCACCCUGGCCAACUUUUGCAUGGCUACGUUUAUGGACCCAGGCAUCUUCCCCAGAGCGGAGGAAGAUGAAGAUAAGGAGGAUGAUUUCCGGGCUCCUCUUUAUAAGACUGUGGAGGUGAGGGGCAUUCAGGUGCGCAUGAAAUGGUGUUCCACGUGCCGCUUCUACAGACCUCCCCGAUGCUCACACUGCUCUGUGUGUGACAACUGUGUCGAGGAGUUUGACCAUCACUGUCCAUGGGUGAAUAACUGCAUCGGGAGGCGGAACUACCGUUAUUUCUUCCUGUUCCUUUUAUCUCUAUCGACACACAUAAUGGGCGUGUUUGGAUUCAGCCUGCUGUACAUCCUCUAUCACACCGAACAACUGGACGAAGUGCAUUCUGGAGUUACUAUGGCAGUGAUGUGUAUCGCAGGUCUGUUUUUUGUCCCAGUCGCAGGACUCACAGGCUUCCAUGUUGUACUGGUAGCCAGAGGAAGAACAACAAAUGAACAGGUUACAGGGAAGUUCAGAGGGGGCGUGAACCCAUUCACACACGGAUGUUGUAAAAACGUGUCUCAUGUGCUCUGCAGCGCUCAAGCGCCAAGGUAUGUAGGGAGGUUGAGGCAGAGCCAGUCUUUUCAGGUUCAGCCUCCGUUUCUGCGGCCUCAACUUUCCGAAGCACAGCUUGCUGCUAAAGUUCUGGACAACGGGAUCCAGCAGUCCAAAAGUAGCCUGGAGGCCAUGGGAAGUCAGUCUACAGACAUUGAACCGCCCCCACCUCCUAAACCAGAGCACAGAUACCAAGGGCUGCCUCACACACACAACGAAGAGAGCAGUCUCCUGAGUGAAGCUCCACCCACACCUGCAUUAUAUAAAUAUCGGCCUGCCUAUAGCAGUCCAGGAAAAAACCACACACAUUCUACACACAAGAUGAAUCGGGGGGACAGUGUGACCGAGUCGCCCUCCGUCCCCCUGUCGACCGGUCACGCCAGCUAUCGCUCGGAGCCCAGCCUUUCAGGCCGGGUUAUUUCUGGGUGGCGACCAGGAGGGGGAGGGGAGGGAGGCAGAGCAGGCUCGGGGGGACUGGGUGGGCCCUCUACUCUCGGAGGGCGGUCUUAUCCUUCCUUCACUGACACACUCCUACACUCAGCGGUGGCUUCAUGCUCCUCCAGUAUCCGCUCUGCUCAGGCAACCCACAAUGCACUGGGGCCACUACUGUCUGAGGGCACGACCUCCACCAGCUAUAAAAGCUUGGCUAAUCAGACACGCAACGGCAGCCUGUCCUACGACAGUCUGCUGACGCCCUCGGAGAGUCCGGAGUUUGAAUCGGCUGCUCCUGAGCUGUCCCCUCCCAGGCCGGCACCCCCACGCUCACUCGGUUCCACUCCUGCAGCUCCACCCCUCAUGGGUUACACCUCACCGUUCUUGUCUGCUCAGCAGAGGGAGGGUUCUCUCCAGGCCUGCCCUGCCCCCCUAAGACCCUCCCCCAACAGACCUUUCCUGCGCCCCACAAGCCCACCCCCUUCCCGAGCUCCGCCCCUGUCUCCUCGCGCUCGCUCUUUGGGUUCACCGCCUCCUGGCCCUGCCCCAGGAAGCAUGCCUGUGGGCAAAUCAUUAUCCUACGCAGGUGGAGCAGAGUUACGGCAAUGCCCAAAUAACACAGGGGGUGGGGCUUCCACGUCAAACUCUAGGCAGAGACUGAACAAUCACAGCUCCCACGCGCACAAACCUGGCGGUGGUGUGAAGAAAGUGAGCGGCGUCGGAGGAACAACCUAUGAGAUUUCAGUAUGAGCUGUUUUUGUUUAAAUGACGCACAGGAUUCACUCGCGUCGUCUUCUGAGAGGGCAACCAGAGAUCAGAUCAUCCAUGUAAGCCAAAAAAAGAAAAAAGAAAUCAAAGUAUAAAGACACAAAGGAGGAAAAAAAAAGAGAAAACAAAUAAACUCGUAACUGAUCCACCUUUAGAGGAAGAAUGCUAAAAUGUGGAUUAGUGAAUAAAGAGCCUGGCUCAAGUUUCUUAUUCUCCAUAUCAUGGUACAUGAAUCUCCAUGAUUUUUGAUUUUUUUUUUUUUACAUAUUUAAAGAAUCGUUUAAGAUCCACGAAGGCUGUUCCAUCCAGGCUGGAGUUGCCUGCCGACCUUGCUGUAUGAACAAUUGCUCAUAGACUCCAAUGGAAAUCAAAAUCCCAAGUUGUUUUUCCUGCAUACGCCGCAGGGACUUUCAUUUUACUUGUAUUUUUUAUGUUUCUUUUCCUAAUAUUAUUUUAUACAGGUACUGAUUCAGUAUAUUGUAAGAUUUAUUGAAUAUGUUUGAUAGGAACGCCAAUCAUAGUAGCACGUACCGUAGGCACUGCUUUUGAGGGUUUUUUUUUUGUUGUUUUGCUGUUGGAUAUAAUAGACGGCUGCAUCAGCCAGUCAGAACCCGAGCUGGAGUUGACAGCCAAAGAGACAAGUGUAGUCAGGGACCUACUUUUGACAGACAGCACACUUGGUAAAGAAGAAUGAAUGUAACAUCUGAAUCAUUACAGCACAAAAUGUUUUGUGAUGGAAAAACUAUCUGGAUACUGAAUGCUUUUUGUGCAAGAUAAGGGUUCCUUUUGGUUUUUAUUUGUCCAUCAAUCAGGAAGGAGCCAUUUCAGUCGUUAGCCGGAGGAGAGGGCUCUGGUCCUGUGUUAGUACAUGCUGGAUGCGCAGUACGCCACUGAGACGGGGGAACUAUUCUUGUUCUUUUCUUUUCUUUUCUUUUCUUUUUAUAAGAAGUUGUUGCUGCAGUUCAGAGCUGGAUUAUGAUAUGUCUCCUGACCAUUAUCACUUUGAGGUUUGCAAGCUGAAUUGGUGUGUGUGUGUGUGUGUGUGUGUGUGUGUGUGUGUGUGUGUGUGUGUGUGUGUGUGUGUGUGUGAAUGAGCAUGAGAAAAUGGCAGAGAAACAAUUUUUGAUGUCUCAAACUAUUCUACUAGAGCACAUUCCAACUUUGAAGCUCUUCAGACACUCUGCUAAGAAGAGCGUGUGUGUGUGUGUGUGUGUGUGAGAGAGUGAGUAACAGACGAAAAGAGAAUAUGUACGCAUUACGUUUAAGUUUAGCUUUGAGAUCUGAGGACCAGUGAACGGUCUGUGUAACGUAAAAGAGCUUAUGCAGUGACACACACACACACACACAAGUAUUUUUACUGAUAACCUUUUGUCAUUUCCACCAUGGCCUUAUGAAGCCUUUUUAAAUGUAAUUUACCUGCACGUGUUAACAGGACAAGUUCAAAGGGUGAAGGUUUUUUUUUCUACCUGUCUGUAUUCCUUUAAUGCAGGUGACACUGGGUCACGUGAGCCAACACAUUUCCAACAGAACAAUAAAUAAUAUUGCAACACUGAAA